AGCCUCACUGGAGUCAGUCUGCCUGGUGGCUCAGCAGCAGGGACAAUGUCGACCCUGAUCCUGGUCCUAGUGGUAGUUGUUGGGGUUGCUUACAUCUAUCGUCACAUUGUGGUGAAGGGAAAAAGAUGCACCAGCAAAGCAAAGCUUCAUGGGAAAACUGUAAUAGUGACGGGCAGCAACACAGGGAUAGGGAAGACUGCAGCCAUAGACCUGGCUCGGAGAGGAGCCAGAGUUAUUCUGGCCUGCCGCUCCAGGCAGAGAGGAGAAGCUGCCCUGGAGGAGGUGAAAAGGGAGAGCGGCAGUAACCAGGUGCUGUUCAUGCCGCUGGAUCUGGGCAGUCUGGCAUCUAUUCGCAGCUUUGCUGACACCUUUCUCAAGUCUGAAAAAAGACUGGACCUCCUCAUCAACAAUGCAGGUGUUUUCAUGCAGGGUCAAACUCAGGACGGGUUUGGGAUGAUGUUCGGUGUGAACCACCUUGGCCAUUUCCUGUUAACCAACCUGUUGCUGGACCGACUGAAGGAGUGCGGACCCAGCAGGAUAGUCACCGUGUCGUCCAUGGCACACAACUUUGGAAAAAUUGAUUUUGAGUGCCUGAACACCAAGAGAGCUCUGGGAACAGGGACGUCCUUCAUGGAGGUCCUCCAGGUCUACUCUGAUAGCAAGCUGUGCAACGUUCUCUUCACCCAUGAGCUAGCCAAGAGACUCCAGGGAAGCAAGGUCUCCUGCUUCUCCCUCCAUCCAGGAGCGAUCAACUCUGAGCUGAACAGGAGCACAAGCUCACUUAUUGUAAUUUGCCUGAAGCCCAUAACCACCUUUUUCUUCAAGAACACUGUCCAGGGAUGCCAGACCACCCUGCACUGUGCCCUCCAGGAGGGGAUCGAACCGCUCAGCGGCCGUUACUUCUCCAACUGCACCGUUAGAGACGUCUACGCUAAAGCCAAGGAUGAUGCUGCAGCAAAGAAGCUAUGGGAAAUCAGUGAGAGGUUUUCUGGCCUUGCAUAACAACAGAAACAUGAUCAUCCUGACUUCGCACUGCAUCUUAUCAAAAGUAAUAUACUAGGGAGGUUUUAUCCUGAUGCUGCAACCACGUUUAGAUCUAAAACACUAUGCUUUCCUCAGCCAUAAACAGAUGGAUUUCAUUCAAAUCCACAGCAGUGCUCAUUAACAGCACUGAUAAAUAUGUAAUCUGUUCACGUGGAAGCUGUAAUAAAGUUGAAAUAAAAGUCAAAA